AUGCAGGCUCAUGAGGAUCUCGCGGCCCUCUUCAGCCGAAAUCUGAUUCUCGAUGCCGGCAAAAUCCAACAAAUCCAGAUCCAGGAGCAGCCUCAGCAGAAGGCACCAGAGCCGCAGCCCAUCACCUACUCAAUCUCCCAACACUACCAUCACUCGGUGUACCACGUUGAUCCAGUCCCUGCACAGCCGGACCGACCUGCCUCUGAGCCCCCGCGCUCGGAGCACCAAGGAGUAGAAGCAAUCUUGACUAGCCAUGGCGUCGACCCCGCGGGCCUGUCGCAGUCGCAGGUGCAGCUGUUCAAGGAGGCCGACGACGCGCAAAAGUUGCGACUUCUGGAGCUGUGGAGGAUAUGCCCACCAACAGCAACCAACGAGAGGAACCCCACCCUAGCAUUCAACAGCACCAGCCUCGAGCAGGAGGAGCAGCUGGCACGGAUGCGGUAUGAGGAGCAGCAGCAGAUGGACGAUGCCAUGGCCAUGAGCAUGGAUGGGACGCCGGUCAUGGUCCCGAUUCAGGGGGGUGAUGGCAGGUGGCAGGUCCCCGAGGCGGCCCAAGACUACAUGAUGGAGCCUUACAUGUCUUCGGGUUACGAGGAGCUUGCGCGUUCGGCCAUGCCUAUGGCGUAUAAGCCAGCUACGGAUCCGGUCUACAAGUCUGCCUGUUUGCCUAUCGACUACAGGUCUGCUCACAUGCCCAUCGACUGGGCAUUGAAACAGCAGACAAUGGAAGACCAGUACGGAGCUUUUGCUCAGUGCCGCAUGGACUACUGA